AAUGGUAUGUCCCACGGUAGACGUUUCCAGAAUAUGCCAUAAAGCGCCCGCCUCUUACUGUUGCGCAUGCGCGUUGCUUGGCAGUUGGAGACAGUUGGGUUCUUUCAGUCGGCCGCCCGGUAUCGCCAUCAUGUCUGCCAUGGGCACCCUCGCCUUUGAUGAGUAUGGACGGCCGUUCAUUAUCAUCAAGGAUCAAGAUCGCAAGUCUCGUCUGUGUGGUUUGGAGGCGAUCAAGUCUCACAUUAUGGCCGCUAAAGCUGUUGGGAACACACUUAGGACUUCUUUAGGACCCAAUGGACUUGAUAAGAUGAUGGUUGAUCAGGAUGGUCAAGUCACCGUAACUAAUGAUGGCGCAACAAUACUUGGUAUGAUGGAUGUGGACCAUCCGAUUGCUAAAUUGAUGGUUGAAUUGUCCAAAUCUCAGGAUGAUGAAAUUGGAGAUGGGACUACAGGAGUUGUCGUACUUGCUGGAGCAUUAUUGGAACAUGCAGAACAAUUAUUAGAUCGUGGUAUCCAUCCUAUCAGGAUUGCAGAUGGCUAUGAACAGGCUGCCAGGAUUGCUAUUGAGAACCUGGAUAAAAUCAGUGACAAUUAUCCAGUUGAUCCUGAAAAUGUAGAAUCGCUUGUCCAAACUGCUAUGACCACGCUGGGAUCAAAAAUAAUUAAUCGUUGUCACAGGCAGAUGGCAGAAAUCGCGGUGAAUGCUAUUCUCACUGUUGCCGAUAUGGAGCGCAGAGAUGUGGAUUUUGAGUUGAUUAAAGUUGAAGGAAAAGUUGGAGGAAAACUUGAAGACACCAAACUGAUAAAAGGUGUCAUUGUAGACAAAGAUUUUAGCCACCCGCAGAUGACAAAGGAAAUUAAAGAUGCUAAAAUUGCUAUUCUCACUUGUCCAUUUGAGCCCCCUAAACCCAAGACUAAGCAUAAGCUUGAUGUGACAUCAGUUGAAGACUAUAAAUCACUUCAAAAAUAUGAAAAAGAGAAAUUCCUUGAGAUGGUUAAACAGAUUAAAGAUACUGGUGCAAAUCUUGCCAUUUGUCAGUGGGGCUUUGAUGAUGAAGCAAAUCAUCUCUUGCUUCAGAAUGAGCUGCCUGCUGUCCGUUGGGUCGGAGGGCCUGAAAUAGAGUUAAUAGCUAUUGCUACCGGAGGCCGCAUUGUGCCACGAUUCUGCGAGCUCACUCCUGAGAAACUGGGCUAUGCUGGCAUAGUUCGGGAAAUUUCUUUUGGAACUACAAAGGAUCGAAUGCUAGUCAUAGAGCAAUGUAAAAACUCAAGAGCUGUAACCAUUUUCAUCAGAGGCGGUAAUAAAAUGAUUGUUGAAGAAGCCAAACGAUCACUUCAUGAUGCACUGUGUGUCAUUCGCAACUUGGUGCGUGACAGUCGGAUUGUUUAUGGUGGUGGAGCUGCAGAGAUAUCCUGUGCAUUAGCCGUAAGCCAAGCUGCUGACAAGUGUCCAUCCUUGGAGCAGUACGCAAUGCGAGCUUUUGCUGAUGCUUUGGAAAGUAUCCCUAUGUCACUUGCAGAGAACAGUGGUAUGAACCCCAUUCAGACUAUGACAGAAAUUCGUGCGAAACAGCUGAAAGAAAACAACUCUGCGCUUGGCAUUGAUUGUCUGCAUAAGGGCACUAAUGACAUGAAACAGCAGCAUGUCAUAGAAACGCUGAUUGGCAAAAAACAGCAGAUUUCCUUAGCAACACAGGUUGUUAAAAUGAUUUUGAAGAUUGAUGACAUACGUAGACCUGGUGAAACAGAGGAAUAAAAUGCUACUGAAGAAAUCUGCUCCAAGCCACUUCCACUUAGCAGUAUACAACUGUUAUUUAUUAACACUUUAUUUUUAUUUUUUUUCCACAUACUGUAUGUUUACUUCUAUCAAAAAAUAAAUUGUCAUCCUUA